AGGGAGGAUUUUGAGAGAGACGGAAAGAGAGAGAAAGAGGGGAGCGCUUGGAGCGCUUUUUUAAUCUCCUCUUCAACUCCUUAGAUAGAAGAAAGACCAUAUUUUCAAUCUCCUCUCCAACUCGUUAGAGAAAAUAGAGAGGGAGAGAGAGAGAUGGGGAAUUGCAUGAAUUGCAUGCAAACGCUUGUUAAGUCGUCUCAGACUCCGACCACCACAAGGCAAUCUAGCCCAGUUACUUCUAUGAAUAAUAGCAGUGAAGGGAGAUUUUCGGGCAGUCGGAACAGGCACUCGAGCAGCAUUGAUGAGGUGUUUCCGGAAGGGCAGAUCAUCCCUACUCCCAAUUUGAGGAUUUUUACUUUUGCAGAAUUGAAGAGUGCAACGAGGAACUUCCGAUCGGAUACUGUUCUCGGGGAUGGGGGAUUUCGGAGAGUUUUCAAGGGUUGGAUCAAUGAGAAGACACUCGCCCCGUCAGGGGUUGGAUGCGGGACUGUUAUUGCUGUGAAGAAGUUGAAUUCUGGGAGCCAACAGAGUUUACAAGAAUGGAAGUCAGAGGUGAAUUUCUUGGGGAGGCUUUCUCAUCCAAACAUUGUGAAGCUAAUUGGUUCUUGUUGGGAGGGCAAAGAUCUCUUCCUAGUCUAUGAAUUCAUGCCAAAAGGGAGCUUGGAAAACCACCUUUUUAGAAGGGGUUUAGCUAUCCAGGUGUUGUCAUGGAGCAUACGGCUCAAGAUUGCAAUAGGUGUGGCUAAGGGCCUCGCGUUCUUGCACACAUCUGAGACGCAAGUUAUAUUCCGUAAUCUUAAAGCAUCUACUAUAUUGCUUGAUUCGAAUUAUAAUUCAAAAAUUACCAAUUUUGGGCUGGCGAAAAAUGGGCCAUUGGAUGGAAAUUCACAUGUCACAACAAGAGUUAUGGGCACGUAUGGAUAUGUAGCUCCUGAAUAUGUGGCCACAGGCAAUCUUUACGUGAAGAGCGAUGUAUACAGUUUUGGGGUGGUCUUGCUAGAGAUUCUCUCAGGCCAACGAGUUCUGGACAGAAACCGUCCGCGCGGUCAGCAAAAUUUGGUAGAUUGGGCAAAACCAUAUCUAUUCAAUCAGAGAAAGCUAUCAAAGGUGAUGGACCCACAGAUUGAGGGCCAGUAUUCAUCCAAAGGUGCAUUACAGGCAGCUCAGCUCACCCUCAAGUGUCUUGAGUCCGACCCAAGAAGCCGGCCGUCAAUGAAAGAAGUGGUGGAAGCGUUGGAACAGAUCCAAGCCAUAAAGGACAAGCCCAAGGAAUCUAAGUCCAGCGCUGCCGCCACACUCACUGCAGGCCACAACCAUAGUCACCAUCGUUCUUUUAGCCGUUCACCAAUUCAUCUGAAUAAUGAUGGUGCUACAGCCCCUGCAGCCCGUCAGCUCUCCUCACGAAGAUCGAGAUGACCUCUUACUCAAAUGGCUCUGUUAGUGAAUGUUUGGAUGUCGAAGUGAUUUGUAUCAAUGGAUGAUUUUUUCUUAUCUUGUAAUUGCGAGAUGGUUCAGGUUUGGAAGCACAAAUUCUACAAUUCUACUAGUUUUUUGAGUUUCAAAUACCAUUUGACAUCUUUGUAAUUGUUAGUGAAUUGCUUUAUGUUUGGCUAGCAUGUUACCAAAUUGCACAGGUGGGUCUGUUUGGCAGGUUCAAUACGAAAUUGAAUUGGUUUUUGUCCAAA